GGCUUUUUAUUUUAUUUUAUUUUUUCAAAGGGAUGCAUCUGUAAGACAAAUCGAUGUUUCCACUGCAGGAAAAGGCUCAAAACACAAUGAUCGCGAUAUGGGCAGCUGAACUCUACUUGGACAAGAUCAAUCGUUUAUCUCUCAAAGAGCAUGGGAGGGAAGGAACGCUGAAGGUGGCUGGGGAAGGCGCGCAGCUGAACAAGCCAACCAAUGGGGAAUAUGCCAGGACUGUUGCUGCAUUCCGUGAUUUCCUGUCGGACUUGAAGGAUGUUCUUGAUGAAGCAACAACUGUAAAUCUGCUUGCAAGUUAUGGACGAACUGAAGAGCUGGUGCACUUUGCAAGCCUCAAAGAGCACCAUGAGACAGUCAUUCAACAUUACAUCCAGAGGGCAGAGGCGAAGAAGGCCUUGGCGGUGUUACGGAAGCCGAGUGUCUCCCCCGAACUUCAGUACAAGUUUGGUCCGUCUUUGAUAUCACUUGAUCCAUAUGAGACAGUGGAGGCCUGGAUUAGUGCUGGAAGCAACCUUAAUCCGCGUCGGCUUAUCCCAGCACUCAUGCGUUAUGCUAGCACUCCUCAACCUCCGUAAGACCGCUUCCUCCUUUACCUACCCUCGCCCACAUUUCCCCCUUGUGGCUGUAUACAGCAUGUCAUUACUAUGCCCCCCUUGCAGUUUACAGGAUUGCCACAGUUCCUUUUGAGGAAGGGGUAACCGCCAGUACUCCCCCAAAGUGGGGUUGUGCACACACCGGAACGCGCUGGGAUGAACGGGCCUGCCGCGCCUGGAUAAAUUCAUUUGAAACGA